AUGAAUAAAUUAGUAACAUUAAUAAUAUGUGUUAUUGGGUUAUAUAGUACAUUUUUAACUUGGUCAAUAUUACAAGAACGUAUAAACACUAAACCAUAUGGUAACAAUGAAUAUUUCAAAUCACCAUUAAUUAUAAAUAUCGUCCAAGCUUUGUUAGCUUCAAUAGUGGGAUUAAUCUAUAAUAAUGUAACCACUAAAAAGUCACCGUUCGGAGUGCUAACACAACCUGGAGUUUUCAAAUCAAUGAUUUUGAUAUCAGUAUGUUCAAGUAUUGCAUCACCAAUUGGUUAUAAAUCACUAAGACAUUUAGAUUAUUUAGCUUACCUUUUGGCAAAAUCUUGUAAAUUAAUUCCAGUUAUGUUAGUACAUUUCAUAUUGUACCAAACUAAAUUUCCAUUUUACAAAUAUGCAGUUGCUGGGUUGGUUACUUUGGGAGUUACAAUUUUCACAUUGGCUCAUUCAAAAGAAACAACUAAAAUAAAUGAUGGAAACACUAAAUUAGGAUUAAUUUAUUUAAUUGGAAGUAUGUUACUUGAUGGAUUUACAAAUUCAACUCAAGAUCAAUUAUUUAAAAAGAAUAAAAAUUUCACAGGUGCAAAUUUAAUGUGUAUUUUGAAUUUAUUCAUAUUUGUAAUAACUUUAGGGUACGUUGUAAUUUUCCAAUUUGAUGAAAUUACAAAAACUUUAACAUUUGGUUCAAAUUAUCCAGAAUUUGUAUAUGACUUGUUAAUAUUUGCAGGUUGUGGAGCUAUAGGUCAAGUUUUUAUUUUUAUAAUUUUGGAGAAAUUUGAUUCAAUCAUAUUAAUUACUGCUACUGUUACUAGGAAAAUGUUAAGUAUGAUAUUAAGUGUUUUCUUAUUUGGUCAUUAUUUAAAUGUUAAUCAAUGGAUUGGAGUUUUGUUAGUUUUUGGUGGGAUUGGAUAUGAAGCUUUUGUUAAAUUAAAUCAAAAGAAAAGUAAAAUUGAAUAG